UACAAGGCUCUGCUCGGGCACGAGCGACCGUUAGACUCCGCCCAUGUGUUGUGGUUGUUCCGCGGUCACGUGACCAGAAUAAGUUCUGAAUCACAUGAAACACCUUGUACUCUGUCUUAUAAACGACUUGUUACAGUUAACACAUCUUAUUCGAGACAGACACCUGAAUCACCUCUGAAGCCGAGAAUAUUAUUUUGAAAGUCCAAAGCGGAAGGUGUUUCUGUAGUAGUUACGGCUUGACGCUGACCGGGGAUGAACCGUCUCCCUCUUUCACGGUAACUAAAGAUGGAACCACAAGAAAACCUGUCCGCUCAGGUAGUCGGGGUUGAGCAGGAUGUGACACCGACCCCCGUGGAUGUGGACGCCGCAAUGUUGCUGCUGGGAGCGGGAGUGACCGCCGUCGCACACCCGCUGCUCUACGUGAAGCUGCUAAUACAGGUGGGUCACGAACCUCUUCCUCCAACUGUGGGCACAACUAUGUUUGGACGAAGAGUCUUAUACCUGCCUGGCUUCUUCUCCUAUGCACGGCACAUUGUGAAAGUUGAUGGAAAGAGAGGACUCUUCCGUGGCCUCUCACCUCGUAUCAUGUCCAGUGCCAUCUCCACUGUGGUCAGGAGCAAGGUUAAACAGGUGGAGCUUCUAUCCAAGAGAGAUGACAAGCAGACUUCACUCAGGAAAGUGGUCCAAGAGACCUCACAUGAGAUGGUCAUCCAGUGUCUGUCCAGAGUAGCCACUCAUCCUUUUCAUGUUAUGUCAGUGCGGUGUAUGGCCCAGUUUGUUGGCAGAGAGGUCAAGUACGGCGGGAUGUUCAGUUGUAUUAUGAAGAUUUUUAAGGAGGAAGGAGUUGCUGGAUUCUAUGUUGGUCUCGUACCCCAUGUGGUGGGAGAGGUUCUCUUCCUGUGGUGUUGUAACCUCCUGGCUCACUUUAUUAACACCUACGCUGUAGAUGAAAGUUUCAGUCAGGCCUCAGCAGUCAGAAGCUACACUAAGUUUGUGAUGGGCAUUGCAGUCAGUGUUCUAACAUAUCCAUUCAUGCUGGUGGCUGAUCUCAUGGCUGUCAACAACUGUGGGCUGGCUGCAGGUCUUCCUCCCCACUCUCCCAUCUUUAGGUCGUGGGUGCACUGCUGGAACCACCUGAGCCACAAGGGCCACCUCUUCAGAGGAUCCAGCUUCUUUUUCCGCCGGGUGCCUGUGACCUCCCUGCCCUCCACCGAGGACUGACUUGGCCAGCUAGGGGGCGUUCUUCCUCCUGCCGCUCACAGACAUUGUCCAAAGACACGGCCUCGGUCAGCCUCUGCUGCCGCCAUCCACACAUCGCAGGAGCAGCAGAGAGGCAGUUCAGAGCGCUGAGCAACUUUUCUUUACAGGAGCUUCACUUCAGAUCAGUAGAUUCAGCAGUUCCAAACAGUUCAGAAACUAUGGUCCAGGGUUUUCUUGACUGUGGUGAUCAAACAUUAUGACGCUCCAACAUGGGCUCAUGGGCACUGCAGUAAUUAAUGCUGUCACACAAACCAAACCAGUGCCCUGAUCUCUAUGCAGGAAGAUAUUUCCAACUCACAGCCUUAACACAUAUUCUUGAGUUUAGCACUUAAAGGACCACACUGACCAAUUCACUACAAAUCAUAAGUCAGUCCCUCCAGGAUUUCACAGGCUUUUUUGCGAAUGUUGGGGCCUAAAAUGCCGAUUGAUUGAUUUCACUGCAGAUUUUCUGAAAAAAACUGCAAUGCACAUUAGGCAAUUUUUUUGCAAUGAAAAAGUAGUUAAAAUUGCACAAAUAGUCGUCUCUAGUGAGAAUAAAAUCGCAAGGUUUUACAUGGUGAAACUCGACUACAAUGAUUGGUUAAAUUUGCAGAAAAGUAGCGGCAACUGGACUUAACUGUAAAGUCAUGCAGAAUUCAUGAGGGUCGGUUGAACUGUGUUAAUUGUUGCAAUCGCAACUUCCUGGAGGGACUGAAGUAAAGUUAAAAGGUCCAGUGUGUAACGUUUAGAAGGAUCUAUUGUCAGAAAUGGAAUUUAAUAUUCAUAUCUAUGUUUUCAUUACACAUCUCCUACAUUCUUGGAACAGGAGGGUGAGGCGAGGGGGUUGUAAUCCGCAACUACACUACUAGAGUAUGUCACUGUAAUUAGUGGUAAUUGCAGGAUAACAAAACAUAGAAUUUUCUUUGAAGGGGAACUUUGCUGAUUUUCAACCAGCUUUGUAUCAUUACAGUGUGGUAGUAUAUGCAAAUGAACAAUGUUUAACUUCCCUUCAUGCUGCCUGCACGUAGAGCUCCCUGAUCAUUUACCUGCAAAUGUCCAAACUUUUGUCUCUUGAUCCGACUGUCCGUGAAAGCAGAUGGGGAAGUACAAUCUGUUGUUUGAGCAACAGACAGCUGGACAGACAGUUUAAUUACAAGUUGGAAGUUUAGUGGUGGUGAGGUUGAAGUCAUGUGACCGUGGUGUAGUUGGUUUAUUUAUUUACACUUCAAACAUCCUAAAGUAUCUAAAGUAUCAUGGGUCAAAUUAGAAAACUGACAGUGCCUGACAGCACUCUUGCAUUUCAACAUUUGGAAAUGGAAAGUAGUGUUUCUACAGUCACAUGGUCUUACUUUAAACUAUCCUUUAAAAUAUUGACCUUCAGUAGGAAAAAGAAACCAACCAGCAGCCUCACCCACUGCUCUGAUACACAAAUAUUACAAGAAUAUUAACAAAAUAAGUUUGAAUCUUUCAUGUAUUUGUAAUACCUAAUCCUUUUCCAAGCCUGUUAUUAGCAGUAA